CGUCACCCGUUCGUUGGUACGAAUCGGCCGCUUCUCGACCUGCACCUCUCCCACUAGUUGGACCUCUGCCUCAUUCGGUCGCUUUUUGACUGAGACCGUUAGAACUUGGCAUCCGGGACUCCUUCUUCUACCAGACGUCCUCCAGCGAUCACCACACAGUACCUACCACCUGAUCAGAUCGUCGUCCCCACGUCGAUCAUACAGCUGAGGAGCGACCUUUUAGCCCGGGAAGACAUCCCACAUUCGUUGGAUUGUGCAAAUCUCUCUUCGUCGACCUCCGCUGCAACUUCUAUAGAGACAACCGAAAAGUUUACGACAUGGCGACUGACUCGGGAGAUAAUGUUGAGGUGAAGGAUGAUGCUCGCGUGGAUCCAAUGGACACUAAAGCCACUGCGGAUGAUUCUCAAGCGUCCGAUAACGACAACGCUGAGCGCCCUGUUCGCCACAAGCUAAAGGAGACGUCCAUCACCUCGGCCCCGAACGUUUCGACAACCGCCGCUUCCACCGAACAACAACAAGAUGGCGAAAAUAGCCGUUCGAGUAGCAGGGGUAGGAAGCGAUCGUUCGACGAUCAUCAACCCGAGAAUCUAGACGAGGAAAAUGGUCACAGGCGGAAGAGGUCACGCGACUCUAAGGCUGAUGAGGAUGAGGACAUUACUUCGUUAAAUGCGCCCGAUGCAGAGGGAGAGCAGACACAGACCACGGACAUCGCCAGAAAAAUCCUGAGCCCAAAGAAAAAGAGAAGCCGAGACCAGCUGGAUAAAGAUGAGCCGAAGGCCGAAAACAACGUCGAUGACAGUAAGACUUCCGCAGAAAAUGACGCCUCCGAGACGACUGCAGGGGAGCCUGAGAAGAAGCGACACAGGGACGCUUCCGAAGAAAGAGAAUCGGCCCCGCCUAAGAGUGCAUUUGCAAACACAUCUGCUGUUUCGCCUUUCGGCUCGCUCGGUGCCUCGAAGCCCAAGAAAGAAACCUCGAAGCCGGCUGCGACAUCCUCAUCUGCAUUCGCUGCUUCGAGCCUGGCCGCUUUUGCUAGCUCCGAACAGUCACCUUUCGGCGCCAUAGGAGGCUCGAACACUUCCGUCUUUAAGUCAGCAACUACUACUGAAGCUACCAAACCAGCCGCUACCGGAUUCGCGAGUGCCGCCGGCACCUCCGGGUUUGCGUCUUUGGGUUCCGGAUUCUCAGGGUUCAGCGGUGGGUUUGGGGCUGCCGGUUCAAAGGGCGGUCUCACCAGUUUCGCUGCACCAGGAGGGGCCGGUAUCCUCGGCAGUUCUAGCAAGGACAAACCGUUCGGAACAGAGGAGGACAAAGAAGAAGCAAAGGAGAAGGAUCAAGAAGCCGAUACUGCCCCUGGAGAAUUCGAGCAGGAGAAGACAGAUGAAAGAUUCUUUGAACGACCGAUCGAGACAGGUGAAGAAGAAGAAACCACCUACUUCUCAAGCAAGGCAAAACUCUUCCAAUUCUCAAAUGGAGAGUGGAAGGAGCGUGGAAUUGGCACCUUCAAGGUUAAUGUUAAGCUUACCGAUGGCAAGGAGGACAAGAAAGCUACUCGCUUGAUCAUGCGCGCCGACGGUGUUCUACGUGUAAUGCUAAACACGCCAAUUUUCAAGGGCAUGAAGGUUGGCGAUGCGUCAGGCAACGAACCCAAGUCCAAGCAGAUUCACCUAGCAAGUCUGGAAGAAGGCCGAUCGGUCCCUACCUUACUGAGGAUGCCAAGCGAAGAUUCUGCUAAGGAGCUCUAUCACGUUGUCUGUGACCUGCUGGAACACCAGUAAGCCCAUUAUAUAGGAAUCAGUCCUCAAGGGACAAUUACCCGGAUACCAAUGCUUUGGAACGUAAUUGUCGCAUUCAAGGGCCCUUCGGUUCGAGAGGCGAGCGUCUGCAUCCUUACAGUAGUAGGUUAAGAUGGGCUGGCAUUUUGCAUUUGAUACGAGGAGUCUAUAUUGACUGGAGUGUUGGAUGGAGCCAUGGGCAUGGCUCUACAUUAGCUGGCACCGAGGUCUCAUUCGACGUACACGUUUUUCUUUUCUUAACCUUUGAAUAUACACCCACUGCAUUCGUUUUGUACACUUAUCUUAUUUCUUUAAUACACCCAUCAAUCAUUUCAGU